CACUCAAUAUCUUUCAAAUAUCACGUUGAAGUAAAAUCGAAACCUUGUCUGAAAUUUACGUUUCGAAAAUCGAAAUUUCAAAAUAAGAAAUCCCCUGCCCGAGGCAUUCAAAGAUAAUGCCACACCCUUGGGAAAAUGGAUAGCCUUUGGCAGGACCUAAUCCCCAUUGAAAUAGUGUCAGAAAUCCUCAAGUACCUACCCCGAAACGACAGACUCUCCUGCUACUUCGUAUGUCGAAAAUGGAAAGAAGCUUUGGACCGCAAAUACCUCUGGGAACGAAUUGUUCUGCAUGUCGAUAGAGACUUCCUGGAGCCCAGUACCACUCUUCUUACUAGAGAGUACUACAGGCACAUCGAUAGUCUGGAAAUAGGUUGGCAGAAACCGGUAACGCACAACAGAUGGUUGCCUUUGAAGGUUCAAGACCUGACCAAGCGGGCUGUUCGAUAUCUGUUCAGUCUCAUUGAACACGGAGUCCAGGUGAACAGUCUCAAAAUUUUCGAGUGGUAUGACGUUUACCCUUUCAAGAAAAUCAUCUAUCAUCUAGGACGCUUCGUCAAAAUACAGACAAAACUGGACACCCUGAUUUUCCGCAAUACAAACUUCCCAAAAAACGAGUGCUUCAAAAUUUUGGAUGCCUGUACACUUUCCAAGGAUACAAUUACCCGUUUAGAAAUCCGCAAUAACUUUUACAUAUUCAACACAGCUUUCGACACCAUGGAGUUUGUGUUGUAUUUGAAACAGUUUGCUUUCCUUCAAGAGUUGAAGUUAGAUUACUUCAUUCUGUCGCGACCAAAAGUGAUCGACGUGGUGACUGAAAAUGGAAAAGGUCAACUGAAAAUUUUGGAAAUAUAUUUCGACGAGUCAGACUUACACAGCAUCAUCAUACCAGAGAGAAAAUGGAACAAAUUGAAGAGACUGUGUCCAGACUUGAAAGUCUCUAUCUCUAUAAGAAACAUUUGCCAUUAUGAACAACUGGAGUUCAUAUUUUUGAUGGAAAAGAUGCCACUGAAUUCGUUUUCUUUGAUAGCGAGCCCUAGAUACAACCAAAGAUUCAGCAGAGAUUUUGAGAGCACUCUGAGGUGUCUCAUCAACAACUAUCAUAGAACUUUAGAGUUCAUACGCUUGGAAAUCAAGAACAACAGAGAAAAUUUAGAUGAUGUGCUUCUUGCUCUUAUUUUGAAAUGCCCGAAACUGAAAAAAUUGUUCUUUGAUGGGCUGAUCAGUGACGACAUGUUUCUUUUUCACGAAAUUUUUCGCUAUAAAAAAAGUUUCAAGGGACUGAAUGUGAAAACCAAGCCUCAUAGAAAAAAAUCGUUAACUAACAUUAUACAUCUGUUUUCGAUCGAUGAAUAUAAUUGAAAUCUAGUGUUUUGUUAAUAACUAAUUAAAACUUGUAUGACCCGUC